AUGUUCUCACAAGCUAUACCUUGGCGACGAUUUUCAAACCAAUGUUUGAAUUGUUCACGUACUAUCGUACUUAGAAAUGCAUCUUCAUCAUCAUCAAGUAGUGGUGAACAACAAUUUGAUCUUGUAGUCAUUGGUUCUGGACCAGGUGGAUAUGUAGCAGCUAUUAAAGCUGCUCAACUUGGUCUUAAAACAGCUUGUGUUGAAAAAAAUGCAACAUAUGGUGGAACAUGUCUUAAUGUUGGUUGUAUUCCUUCAAAAGCAAUGCUUCAUAAUUCUCAUCUCUAUCAUAUGGCCAAUCAUGGUGAACUUAAAAAACGAGGCAUUGACGUCGAAGGUGUUUCACUUAAUUUACCUGUAUUUAUGAAACAAAAAGAAGAUGCUGUUAAAGGACUUACUGGAGGUGUUGCUUAUUUAUUUAAAUCUAACAAAGUAACUGGUAUUCGUGGUUAUGGAAGUGUAAGUGGACCUGGACAAGUAACUGUAAAGAAAGAAGAUGGUUCAAAUGAAACACUUAACGCUAAAAAUAUUCUUUUAGCUGUUGGUUCAGAAGUAACACCAUUUCCUGGUAUAGAUAUUGAUGAAGAAACAAUUGUAUCAUCAACUGGUGCACUUUCACUUAAACAAGUACCUAAAAAAAUGGUUUUAAUUGGUGCCGGUGUUAUUGGACUUGAAUUGGGUUCUGUAUGGAGUCGUUUAGGUGCAGAUGUCACAUGUGUAGAAUUUUUAUCUCAUAUUGGUGGUGUUGGUAUAGAUAUGGAAGUGAGCAAAGCAUUUCAAAAAAUUCUCACAAAACAAGGAUUAAAAUUUAAACUUGAUACAAAAGUAACUGGCGCUGAAAAAACAGAUGGAGGCAUACGUGUUAAUGUUGAAGGAGCCAAAGGUGGUAAUAAUGAAGCGCUUGAUUGUGAUUCUCUACUUGUAUGUAUUGGUCGAAGACCUUUUACUAAAGAUCUUGGUCUCGAUAGUGUUGAUAUUAAAUUGGAUAAACGUGGUCGAAUUGAAGUUGAUAAAAAUUUUCAAACAUCAUGUAAAGGUGUCUAUGCUAUAGGUGAUUGUAUUCAAGGACCUAUGUUAGCACAUAAAGCCGAAGAUGAAGGAAUUAUUUGUGUUGAAAGUAUUGUUUCGGGUCAUGAACCACAUAUAGAUUAUAAUUGUGUACCGAGUGUUAUAUAUACAUAUCCUGAAGUAUCGUGGAUUGGAAAAUCCGAAGAACAAUUAAAACAAGAAGGUAUUAAAUAUAAAGUUGGUAGAUUUCCAAUGGCCGCUAAUAGUCGAGCUAAAACAAUAAAUGAAGCUGAAGGUUUUGUUAAAGUAUUAUCUGAUGCUCAAACUGAUCGAAUACUUGGCGUACAUAUGAUUAAUUCAGUAGCCGGUGAAUUGAUUAAUGAAGCAGCAUUAGCUAUGGAAUAUGGUGCAUCAUGUGAAGAUGUUGCACGUGUUUGUCACGCGCAUCCUACCUGGUCAGAGUCAUUAAAAGAAGCCAAUCUUCAAGCUUAUUUUGGUAAAGCAAUCAAUUUUUCGUAA